ACUCCAGUUGUAAAUAAUGCCCUCCAAAACUUUUAUUGCUGUCCUCUGCCUUGCAAUCGUUUUCUACAUGGUCACAGCUGUUCCUGUAGAGUUGGUAGAAGCUUCGGCUUCAUCUACUACAUCAUCGGUCACUAAGAAUUCAAACUCUUCUGAUCCUACACCUGCUGGAUCUACAGAAACUACAACAAAGUCUGGAAAUGGAGUUAGCAUGAUCUUCACUCUUAUCCCAGUUGCUAUUUGGUUACUCAAGUAAUUAUCAUAAUUUUGAUCAAUUUUGUUUCAAUAAAUAAUUUAUAAAUAUUCGA